GAGCCCGGUGACGUCAGUGUGGCAGUGCGGAGUCAGGCGCCCGGCUCUCUAUAAGCCCAGGAGCUGUCCGGGUGCUGAAACCCAAGGAGCUCACCUGGCGGACCAGGAGGAAAAUGCGGGGAGCCUUCUCUGCCAUAUAAAAAAAGAGGAAAUCUUUCAAACAUGGCAGAAGCUAAGACCCACCGGCUUGGAGCAAUCCUGUCUCUUAUCUCUUUAAUCUUCCUCAUCUAUGGGGCUGAGGCGGCUUCAUUUCAGCGAAAUCAGCUGCUUCAGAAAGACCCAGACCUCAGAUUGGAAAGUGUCCAAAAGUUUCCCAGUCCUGAAAUGAUCAGGGCUUUGGAAUACAUAGAAAAACUCCGGCAACAAGCUCACAAAGAAGAAAGCAGCCCAGACUAUAAUCCCUACCAAGGUGUCUCUGUUCCCCUCCAGCAAAAAGAAAAUGGUGAUGAAAGUCACUUGCCAGAAAAUUCAAGGGAUUCCCUGAGCGAAGAUGACUGGAUGAGGAUAAUACUUGAAGCUUUGAGACAGGUUGAAAACGAGCCUCAGUCUGCACCAAAAGAAAAUAAACCCUAUGCCUUGAAUUCAGAAAAGAACUUUCCAAUGGACAUGAGUGAUGAUUAUGAGACACAGCAGUGGCCAGAGAAAAAGCUUCAGCACAUGCGAUUCCCUCCUAUGUAUGAAAAUUCCAGGGACAACCCCUUUAAACGCACUAACGAAAUAGUGGAGGAACAAUACACUCCUCAAAGUCUUGCUACACUGGAAUCGGUCUUCCAAGAGCUGGGAAAACUGACAGGCCCAAACAACCAGAAGCGUGAGAGGGCUGCUGAGGAACAAAAGCUUUACACAGAUGAUGAAGAUGAUAUCUACAAGACCAAUAACAUUGCCUAUGAGGAUGUGGUUGGGGGAGAAGAUUGGAGUCCAGUAGAGGAGAAAGUAGAGAGUCAGACGCAGGAAGAGGUGAGAGACAGCAAAGAGAACAUAGAAAAUAAUGAACAAAUCAAUGAGGAAAUGAAACGUUCAGGGCAGUUGGGCCCCCAGGAUGAUCUCCAGAAAGAGAAUAAAGAUCAACUUACAGGUGAUGUUUCCAAAGUAAUUGCCUAUUUGAAAAGGUUAGUGAAUGCUGCAGGAAGUGGAAGGUCACAGAAUGGGCAAAAUGGGGAAAGGGCAAACAGGUUUUUUGAGAAACCACUUGAUUCUCAGUCUAUUUAUCAGCUGAUUGAUAUCUCAAGGAAUUUCCAGAUACCCCCCGAAGACUUAAUUGACAUGCUCAAAACCGGGGAGAAGCCAAGUGCAUCGGUGGAACUGGAGCAGGGGCUUGAACUUCCUGUUGACCUAGAUGGCAUCUCGGAGGCUGACUCAGACCAUCCAGACCUGUUUCAGAAUAAGAUGCUCUCCAAGAGUGGCUUCCCCAAAACACCUGGCCGUGCUGUGACAGAGGCCCUACCUGAUGGACUUAGUGUUGAGGACAUUUUAAAUCUUUUAGAGAUGGAGAAUGCAGCAAAUCAGAAACCCCCAUAUUUUCCCAAUCAGUAUAACCGAGAGAAGGUUCUGCCGAGGCUCCCCUAUAGUCCUGGAAGAUCUAGAGCAAACCAGCUUCCCAAAGCUGCCUGGAUGCCAGAUGUUGAAAACAGGCAAAUGGCAUAUGAAAAUAUGAAUGACAAGGAUCAAGAAUUAGGAGAGUACUUGGCUAGGAUGCUGGUUAAAUACCCUGAGAUCAUUAAUCCCAACCAGGUGAAGCGAGUUCCCAGUCAAGGCUCAUCUGAAGAUGACCUGCAGGAAGAAGAUCCAAUUGAGCAAGCCAUCAAAGAGCAUUUGAAUCAAGGCAGCUCUCAGGAGACUGACAAAAUGGCCCCGGUUAGCAAAAGGUUCCCUGUGGGACCCCCGAAGAAUGUUGAUACCCCAAAUAGACAGUACUUGGAUGAAGACCUGUUAAUAAAAGUGCUGGAGUACCUCAACCAAGAAAAGGCAGAAAAAGAAAGGGAGCAUAUUGCUAAGAGAGCAAUGGAAAAUAUGUAAGCAGCUUUCAUUAAUUGCUCUUCACUCCUCCUACCCCAAGCAAACCCCAGCAUUUCUCUUUAGUGUGUUGACUUCUAUCCUGUUAACACUGUAAUAUCUUUAAAUGAUAUACAGGCAGAUGAUUCCAGGUCCCUGGGAAGUCUGCUGCACUUAUUCUGAGCUGUUUUCUUGUGUAUGGAUAUGUGUAAAUGUUAUGACUUCUGGAUAAAAAAAUUUAUUAUGUCCCUUAUUCAAGAAAGAUAUCUAUGAUAAUGUUUAUUGUGUAUCUAAUGGCUGUGGCAUUGGUGAUUCUCACAUAUGAUAAAAAAAAAUGUCCUGUAAUUCUCUUGAAAGUUUUUAAUAUUUACUGAAUUAUUUUGUUAUUGUCUGUAGUGUUUUGUGGAGUAUUGGAGCCCCCCCCCAAAUAAAGCAUUAUAAAUAUAUAGUUUUAUUUAUAAGGCCUUUUCUAUUGUGUGUUUUAUUGUUGAUUAAUAAAUGUUAUUUCUGGACAA